AUGAGAUUAAGCUAUCAUCACCUUCCUUCUCAAUUGAAGCCAAUGUUUGGAUACUGCGCCAUAUUUCCAAAGGACUACGAGUUUGACAAGGACGAGUUAGUCUUGUUAUGGAUGGCAGAAGGUUUUCUGCAACAAUCACAAAGAAUGAGGAAAUGCAUGAAAGAGUUAGGUGAUGAUUGCUUCAAUGAGUUGUUAUCAAGGUCAUUCUUCCAACCUUCAAGUGGCAUGAAAUCAAAAUUCACGAUGCAUGACCUUUUGAAUGAUUUAGCUCAACAUGUUACGGGAGAAAUAUGCUUUAGGAUGGAAGAUAAUAUGGACAACAAUGAACGGUGUAACAUUUCUCCGAAGGCUUGCCACUCGGCAUUCAUGCGCCAUUACUGUGAAGUGUACAAAAGAUUCAAGGCAUUUGAUCAUGAACUUCAUCGCUUGCGAACAUUCUUAGCACUACCAAUUUCUAAGUCAGAUACAAGGCAAACCUUCUGUUUAAGUAAUGGUGUUUUAGUUAACAUACCGCCAAAAUUACUGUACUUAAGAGUCUUAUUAUUGACCGAGUAUGAUAUAAGCGAGUUACCCAACUCGAUUGGCGAUUUGAAACAUCUUCGGUUGUUGAAUUUAUCAGGGACAUCAAUUAAAUGGUUGCCAAAAUCAGUGACUGAUCUCUAUAAUUUGCAGACAUUAUCGUUGCAUCGUUGUUCUGAGCUUUGUAAGUUGCCCACAAACAUUGGCAAUUUAGUUAACCUUCGUCAUCUUGGCAUAAAAUUACAAGAAAUGCCCAGAGGGAUAAGUAAAUUGAUAAGUUUGCAGACACUGCCAAAAGCUUCAAGCGAACGUACUCAACAUGCUACGGCCGCNCUGUCAUUAGCGCCUUUGGCAGUGAAGACACUAGGUGGCGUCCUGCGCAAUAGACGUAGCCCAAGAGAGUGGAAAGACGUACUCGAUAGUGAAAUCUGGGAUUUACCGGAGGAUAAGAGCAGCAUUCUUCCAACUCUGAGAUUAAGUUAUCAUCACUUACCUUCUCAAUUAAAGCAAAUGUUUGCAUACUGCGCCAUAUUUCCAAAGGACUACGAGUUUGACAAGGAGGAAUUAGUAUUGUUAUGGAUGGCUGAAGGAUUUCUGCAACAAUCACAAGGAGUGAGGAAACUCAUUCAAGAGUUAGGCGACGACUGUUUCAAUGAGUUGUUAUCAAGGUCAUUCUUCCAACCUUCAAGUAGCACGAAAUCAAAAUUCACGAUGCAUGACCUUUUGAAUGAUCUAGCUCAACAUGUUGCUGGAGAAAUAUGCUUUAGGAUGGAAGAUAAUACGGAGUGCAUUGAACGGUGUAGGAUUUCUCCGAAGGCUCGCCACUCGGCAUUCAUGCGCCAUGAGUGUGAAAUGUAUAAAAGAUUCAAGGCAUUUGAUCAUGAACUUCUGUCCCUGCGGACAUUCUUAGCACUGCCAGUUUACAGGUUACGCUGGUGCUGCUUUUUAAGUGAUAGCAUUUUAGUCAACAUCCUGCCAAAACUGUUGUGCUUAAGAGUCUUAUCUAUGAGUGGGUAUAAUAUAAGAGAGUUACCCAACUCGAUUGGAGAUUUGAAACAUCUUCGGUACUUGAAUUUAUCAGGGACAUCAAUUAAAUGGUUGCCUGAAUCAGUGAAUGGUCUCUACAAUUUGCAGACAUUGUUGUUGCGUGGUUGUCGGGAGCUUUGUAAGCUGCCCGCAGACAUUGGAAAUUUAGUUAACCUCUGUCAUCUUGACAAUGCUAAUACUCAAAAAUUACAAGAGAUGCCCCCCGAGAUUAGUAAGCUGAAAAGUUUGCAAACUUUGCCAAAGUUUGUUGUGUGUAAAAGUGGUGGAUUGGGACUUAACCAUUUGAACAACCUAGCACUUUUACGGGGGAUGCUUUCCAUUGUAGGAUUGCAAAACGUUAAGGAUGUGCGGGAUGCAGAGGAUGCCAAUAUAAAUCGUAAGCGGGAUCUUGAUGAGUUAGAAUUGCUAUGGAGUAGUGAGGAUGAAGAUUCUCAAAAUGAAGAGCUCCAAGCCAACGUACUCAACAUGCUACGGCCGCAUAAAGGAUUGAAACGUCUCAAAAUUGAGUUUUACAGGGGCUUAACAUUCCCCAGUUGGAUUGGGGAUCUGUCGUUCUCAAAAACAACGCAGAUUAGUCUAAAAGGAUGUACAAAAUGUGCGUCUUUGCCACCACUGGGUCAGCUACCUCUGUUGAAAGAACUACACAUUCAAGGCAUGCAUGCAGUAAAGAACGUGGGAGCCGAGUUCUACGGGGAUGGUGGCUCAUUAGAGACUCGAUUCCCGUCACUCGAGACUCUAAGCUUUGAGGAUAUGCCGGAAUGGGAAGGAUGGUGUAGUUGUAUUGGUGUUGAAUUUGUAGGACAUUUCCCUUGCCUUCGUCAGCUUACCAUGUCCAAGUGUCCUAAACUGGUAAGUGUCUCAGUCCUAAGGCUUCCUUCUCUUUGCAAAUUAAAGAUAGAACGUUGUAGAGAGGUGGUUCUAAAAAGUCUCAUUGAAUUAACCUCUCUAAGACAACUGUUUAUUAAGGAUAUUUCGGGACUGACCCAUUUGCAAGAAGAAUUCACUCAUUUCUUGGUGUCACUUGAAAAUUUUGAAGUGUGUGACUGUGCUGCACUAGUGACUCUGUGGCAGAAGGGGAAUACACCAAAACACCUUUCCCAUUUGCAACACUUAAGUGUUGUGGGAUGUUCCAAACUUGUGUGCUUGACUGAAGAAGACCAAAUGCUACCUCGUAAUCUUGAAUCUUUGCGAGUAUCUGGAUGUGAUUGUCUGGGGAGGUUGCCAAAUGGCCUGGAAAGCCAUACUUCUCUCAAAGUAUUGGAAUUGGAAAAGUGCCCAAAGCUCGUGUCCUUUCAAGAGGCCAAUCUCCCGCCCAUGCUUAGAAGUCUUAGGUUAACAGACUGCAGUUCACUAGAAUCCCUGCCUAAUUGCAACUCUUGUCUUGAGGAGUUGUGCCUCAACGAGUGCUCGUCUCUGAGAUGCUUGCCAAUGGAUACAUUUUCCUCCACCCUGAAGUCACUUGAGAUUCGUAAUUGCGAGGAAUUAGGGUCAAUUUUAGAGCCGAUUAGACUGAACAUAAUCAUGGAGGAGCCAGGAUGUUUUAGGAUCAGUGAUUGGCCAAAUUUGGAGAAGUUAUCUGUAUCUAUGCCGCCUUUUUAUUGUGAUUUGUCUUAUAAGAAGGGACAACCGUUCCCAACAGGAAGUAGUUUGAUUACUCCCAACCUCAGAAGGCUUCGUAUCAGUGGUAUUGCGAAUGACAUUUAUUUUGCAAGCAAGUUUCAAAGCCUCACAUCCCUUACAGUCUUGUUCAUGUCUUAUUGUGAUAAUCUUGAGUCCUUUCCUCAAGAGAAUUUGCCCCCCAACCUUAAAGAUAUUUUUAUCUUAAAUUGCAAUAAUUUGAAGCCUCUAUCAGAGUGGGGCCUCCACAGUCUCUUCUCUUCAAACUUUCACAUGAAUGGUGUAUGUAUACCCAGAGCUACAUUCCUUGCCGGAUGA